AAGUUAUCUUUAAUCAAUUGUAAUUAAUUUGUAGAAAUCAUUUUUCACCAUGGCAUUAAGGUGUUUUUUUUUGUCAUUUUAUUUUGUUCAAAAAGCUACAUUUUACUGAUUAUAUUUGAUUUGUGGAAACAAUAAAAACGUGUAACAUUCAAGGAGGUGAGUAAUUUUUAUAGGCAAUAUAACUGUGACUUCUGUGCACCAUCACACACAUACUAUUGCAUAUGUAACAGGAUAAUAACUGCAGUGAUUAGAAAUAAUCUAACCAAAGACAUUAAUGUUAAGUGAUGAGUCAAAUAAUAAUAAUAUUAAUAAUCUGUUCAUACCAAAAGGAUAUAACAUUUGUAAGAGAUCUACUGUAUGUUACAGUGUAGGCAUUCCACAGUUCUGUAUGAGCACAGAAUAAACAAAAUGUCUGAAUAAUCUGAGUCAUGCAAGAGGAUUUAUGCAACACUAAACGUUUCAAACAUACAUAUUCAAAACUUUUCACAAACUUGUGUUUAUCAGCUUUACAGUGUGAUUUGCAUUUUCUUUCCUGUCCACUGAAAUAACACAACUAUAAAGUUUACAGAUGGCACUACUUAUCCCUGGGGAACAGGGAUGAGUCCUGGUGGAGCAGCUGGCCAGGUGGAGCAGAGACAACAAUCUGGCCCUUAACACACAAAAAUCUAAGCAACUAGUUAUGGAUUGCAGGAGGAACAAAACUAGCUAUUCGUUCACUCAUCACAGAUGUGGAUUGUGUGAAGAAGUUCUCAACCUUUCGGUUUGUGGAUGUUCAGGUAAAGGACGAUCUGGGUGUCAACAACACACAUUUAACAAAAAAAGCCCUGGAGGAGACCUCACUUUCUGAGACUCCACAGAUUUUUAUGUUGCAUGUAGUAGAAUAUAUACUUUAAUCUCACUGUUAUUAAAAUAAGUAUGACAAUGAUGUAUUCCACUGGCAUCCCAGUCCCUAUCCAUCAUAAGUACCAAACGGAAGGUAGAAGUUAUUUUCACAAAAUGUCAUGACAGUAAUAAACAAGCUAAUAUAUUUUCCAAUUAAUUGUGGACUGAGCAUUCAGAAUAACUAAAACCCACUCAUUUAAUAACUUUCCUGCUGCAUUUAAUUUGUCUGCUCAGGCUUAGAGGGAAGGGAGGCAACUCUCUGCAUGACUUGUCUCCCUGCCCUUCAUUUUUGAGUUAUCCUCUUUUCUCACACUUUUCCUUUUUUAUCCUUAUUUUCUACCCCUCACAUUGAGUCCUCCAUCUUUGUGUGCCUGACCUUCUUGCAUGCACUUGCACCACCUAAUCACAAUGCCAGGCAUAUCUGACUGCAGUGUUUUCUUUUCUUCUCAGACAACAGGAGGACAAGACACUCAGAUGCACCCUAAAAAGAUGGAAGACUUAGUAAAUCUUCAAACCAAAAAGCAAAGCAAGACGGUUAAUGAUUUUUUUUUCCUAUAAAUGAUCAGUUAACAUCUGUUAUAGGCAAAAUUUGGGGAUUUUGGUUAUUCGCCUAUGCAAUGUAAAAUGACAAUGACAGAAUCCUUUUUUGCUGACAAUUUUGUUCAAGAAAUGUCAGCAUGCUAGUUCGCAGUAACCAGUCUUGCUUCAGGAAAAUGUUAAACAAAUAUGUUUGAAAGUGUUUGAUUUGAAAAAUUAUAGAAUUUCAAUAGGAUUAGAUCUUUCUUUUGAAGGUCCAAGUAAGCUACAAGAGUAAACAUUCUUCAUUUUUUCCAUUGCAAGAGAAAUGUGGUGUUGAAAUAAUGAGUUUAUAUAAUUGUGUCUGACAUUUCUUACUGGCAAAACGAUCUAGAAAAGAUUCGUACCUGGCUAUGGGCAGAAAUCCGGUAUAAAGCAACCCUAAAUCUGAUCAUUCUCCAAGUGUAUACUUUACAGAUCAGCAUUUACACAUCUUGGUGCCCCUUGUAGCAAGCUUGACAGAGUGCUUGUGCCUGUGUCAGCAGGCAGAGGAGUAUCAGGUUUUCACUGUCUGGUGAAACUGAUUUCUUCACCCCGACACCGGACCAUGUGAGCCCACCAACAUCCCACCGGCUGUGAUACUUGUCUUCGAGGUGUUGACUCUACUAUUGCCUCUUCAAUCACCAGGAUGGUGGUGGGAGCUGCAGACAUGAGACCAUCAGCCAGGGUUGAGCUGACACAACCCCCCUGCUGCAGGCCUUUUUCCCUCAGCUCGGCUUUAUAGUCAUUAACAGCCCACCAACCUAUCCUGCUUCAGACAUAACACCAAGCUACUUUGACCUCCACCCCUUUCCCACCCUCUGUCACUCCCUCUCCUCGCCUCACCUCGCCCCACCUCGCCCUCCGUCACUCCGAGCAGAACCACACACACAAAAAGCAGGUCAGCAAACAGCCUUUCUGCCUUUUGCACUCCACUGGUAUUCAAGUACCAGAAACACUCCUAAAAACUCCUUUGUAGUCUGUUUUUGGAUUUUAUUUGUUAUCAUGAAAUACCUCAAACUCAUCUUUUCUGAACCUUUUGUAUUAUAAGACUCGAUGUUAUGUGUCAGAUACACCUGUAGAGAGGGAUUCUUACCCCCAAUUUUUUCAUUUCCUGGACAAUCACAAAUUGAGAGUAAACAAUCCAUUUCUAUUUUUAUCCCUCAAAAACUACUAAUCAAUUCAACCACCCAACGGACUGAGAUUUAUAGCUGGGGCUGCACUCUGUUUUAAACAAGAUGUGGUCAACUUUUUUUCUGACUGAUGAGGAGGGCCGCACCGUGGUCCCGGGAACAGCAGGAGCAGGUGGAAUGGCUGCACCAGGAGGACCAGCACAGGGAGCAGGGGGCCUGGCCAGUUUAAUGGGUGGACGCACCACCUUUGGUGGGAGCAAAAGACGCAGGACAACUUCAGCUGGACAUGCCAUGAGUGAAGCCCAGGAGGGAAAGAUCAAGCUGGCAUUUUUUGUGGCCAUAGUUGGUGUCGUCCUGACAGUCCUUGGAGUCGGGACAGAGUUCUGGGUGGAACUGGCGCCACCAAAGAAUUUUUAUAACAAUCAGACAUGCCUGACAGCUCACUAUGGUCUGUGGAAGGGCUGCACUAAGACCCUGUGGGUGUCUGAUAUCGACCCAGAACGUGAGAGCUGUGGACCUGCAGAGCUGCCUGGAGAAUCCAACUGCACCUACUUCAAAUUUUUCACCACGGGGGAAAAUACUGUCAUGUUUCAGAAGACAACACACAAGAAUUUGAAUGUGGCUACAGCAAUGUUGGCCCUUUUCAGCCUUUUCCUGAUGGUGAUGGGGGCCAUCUGCAUCACCAUGGCUCUGAGUAAGGAGAUUCUCUUCUUUCUGAAGCCAGCAUCCAUAUGUUUUAUCCUGUCAGGUGUUCUGGUGCUCAUGUCUCUCUUGGCUUUCCACCAGUCUGUCCUAUCUUUUUUGGCCAGUGACCACACGGUUCCUCUCCAUCAUGAGCUCUCCUGGUCCGUGUCGUGUAUCGGCUGUGCAGGCGCUGUUCUCAUUGUGGGUGGAAUCCUCUUCCUGCUGCUGGCGCUGCCCUGUAGCCCUUGGAAGAGGUGUCUCCCUCAUAAGGAAGGCAGCAGUUAGUGGCUUUUAGGUGAAGAUUUCUGCACUUUACCUGCCGAAAGGAAGGAGGAGUGGAAAGGUGAGGAUGUUUCCCUCACACAUCCAAUCAAAAAUAUCACUUUCUCUGUUUACUACAGAAUUGAAACAGUAGAGAUUUUUUAGAUAUUUAGUAUUUAGGAAAAAAUAGCAGGGACUAUUUUCAUUUUAAAAGAUGAAUUUAUGGGGUUUUGAGUUAAGGUCACACAUAUCUAGUGGAUGCAUCAAACACCUACUGAAUAUCAGUAUACUAGCUGACAUUGAUAUUCAAUUUCCUUCAAGGUCUGACCUGCUGAUUCAAACAUUCUUCCUAAUACAAACUAAUUUGUGUAAACUCUGUUUCAUAAGUUAACUUACUACUGAGACUUUUAGGUCAAUCAAAUUCAUUUUAAAUAUUGUUUACAAACUACCAUGGUAAUAUUUUGUUGCUUAAUAGAUGUUUAAUACCUUUACCUUUACAAUCCCAAAUUCUGUGUACAUUAUUUUGAGACAUCACAGAGGUCCUCUAAAUACAGAACAGAGUAUUGCUAAGUCUGACUAAUGCAAACAAAGUACAACUACUUGCGCAUUUUGUUUUUAUUAUCUAUGGCUGCAGCAAAACCCUUGAUAGGUUGCCACAUAAGUUGGGGGGAAAAAACCAUUGGAAAAUAAUUUGUGAUGAGAAUCAGAAUAGACUGGAAUGACAUGCAAAACUGCCGCAUCAUUGUGACAGCUGUCAACAAUGACACAAUGGCUCCAGUCAAACAAGUUAGACCCGCCAUGCCUGCGCAUGAAACAUGAUCCCAGGGAUAAUACAACAACAAACGAAACAAACAUUUAAAGGGCAGCUAACAAUUAAUUUCUGCACAAAUCACUAAAUUAGGCCUUACACACUCUUUACUGUGUAGAGUACUUACUGUAUUGCUUCAUGUCUAUUGCAUAGCUAGUUGAGGUAAUAGCCUCACAAUAUGACAUAUAUGAGUAGCAAACAUGUUGACAAAACAAUCAAAUAACUAACUUUAUGUAAGAAUAUAAAUAGUUUUGCACCAGGUUGAGUUGUCAAGAUGACUGUUUAAUUGGAAAGUUAUUGGAAAGGAAAUGUACAUCUUGCCAGUUGUUUGAAUUUUAUCUCUAAAAUAACUUAGAGUGGUAAUCAGAGGCAAAUUAAUUGUUGUAUUCCACAUCAUUAAAUUUAUAUUCAUAACUACAUCAUUUGGAAUAAGAUUCUGUCAGUAAAGCAGAUAAUUUGCUAUUUGGAUAAAGAGCAUAUUAAUUUGCACUAGAGGAUAGAAUAUGAAUAUAGUGACCUUUCUGACUAGAUUUGUGUGGGAAACAUUUGAAUAUUGUCUUAUAAACCUACAAAGUUUGGAGGAAAUGCACUGUUGCAUUUGUUACUUACCAAUAAAUGGCAUCUGGAAAUUUGACAAUCUCUUAGACUUCAUGUUUCUGAUUAUAUAUUUAAAUUAAAAACCUAUAAUAAGGCGAAUUUAAAUUCACAGAAAUAUCAGUCACUGGUUUUAAAGUUUUUAAAUUCCUCAAAGUUUUACAUAAGUUGUAUUCAACUACAAUGUUUUUUCUUCUAAAUGUGCCAAUAUUGAAAAUGCGUUCUAUGAAAAUAUUUGGCUUUGCCAGCUAUGUUGAUUUGAGUGCAUUCAUUUGAACUUUUCUGUUUUUCUUCUUGUUUCUGGUCUUGUCACUUGACAAAUCCUGAUAAAUGACAGCAUCAAUAUGAACAAAAGCUUUCCUUAUGAAACAAACAGUACAUUGACCUCCAAACUGUGAACCUCAGUUAGAAAACUUUUUUUUUUUUCAAAUGAUGCGAGAAAAAAAUGUUUUGUUUGUACUUCCUAACUUUUGCUGUGUUACCUUUUGUUUUUGUAUAUUUGAUGUUUGGUUGAUGAUUAGAAGAGCAAAGAUCAUUAAUAACUAAUAAAACUACUGAUAGAUGACUUCAACAUUGAUCAUCCAUAAGGUUGAUACUCUUCUUACAUGUCUUACUUAAAAAAGCUGUUAUACAUUAAAGAAUUACAGUGCCUGUCUAUCAAAACAAAUAAAUUAAUUUCUAGGAAUCUAAUAAACACAAUGCAUUCAGCACAACGUCCACAUCUUGUACCAUGACAAACAUUUUAUUUAGACAAUGCUUUGAAAAAGAUUUGAAUGUUUUGGCAUUUAUAACACCCUUAUGCUGAAUAUAAUUACAUUGUUCACAUUUGUAUGCCUUGAAUACCUGUCUAGUUUGCAGUCUUUAGAUUUUUUGUCAUAGAGCCCUGUUGUCGCAGUGCAGUGGAUAUAAUCAAAGCAAAGAAAAUAUUAGUGAAAAUGUUAGCCCUCUUUCUCAUUCAAAGGAGGAUCCAAAUUUGUUCUUUUAUUGCUUUAUGUGACUAACCAAAACAGACAUUGAGUCCAUGAAGAUACUUCCAAAGUAAUAUCACUGUCGGUUCUCAAUAAUGUUGUACAAUGGAUACUAUUAAAUGCUACACCAGGUUCAGGAUUUCCUUUUAAUUUGCAUGAGGCCUUAGUAAAAAUCAUUUAUACCUAUAUUUUCUUCUUUUAUAAUUUCAAGAUAUAAACUUUUUAGUUUUUGACUUAGAUGUAGACACUGUUUGAACUUUUUCAUUUUGAAGUUAUGAACUAGCAAAGAACGCUCUCCUUGGUGUACUAACGCUUGAUAUCUGUCUUAUAGCUUUCUAUUAGUCAAGUUAUGCAUUUUUGUUAACCAAAAGAACAAGUGCACCCAUUUUAAAAUGAAAAGUUGGAUUAUUACAAUAGAAAACAUUGUUAGAUGGUGAAAAUGUGGAAGUUGUGAGAUGUUACCAUGUUUUUUUUAUUAAGCUUUUUCGUUUUCUGAUGAUUUAUGUUAGCACUCAUAAUUCUCAAUGCCUGGAUGGAGCGAGCAAAAUCUCUGCACCUUUUUUGAUUUGAAUCAAUUGAGUAUGAAUGAGUUCAUUUUAUUAUUAAACAUGACAUGAAUAAUUAA